AUGACCGAGACAAAGCUGCUUGGUGUCUCGGAACUGCGCUCUGUAGCCGUACAACCCACUUACAUUCAUCGCGUAGAGCUUUUAAACUCGUCUCCAUCAUGUUUUUUACUCACUGAUACCCAUGCAAGUCUUCAUGUGCGUCUACAGCGUCAAUGGCGAGCAAACGUGUGGCUUUUCUUAACAUUGGGCCUUAUGUUCUGUCUGGGGCGUCUCAAAGCUGAUGCUGCUACUACGACAGUUAUUGGACCCAAGAGCAAAACUGACAAUGCAGUGGCAACUUCAAGUGAUCUGUACAUUGUCUUAGUGAGCAUCCCGGUAUUUGACAAGAUGCUGCCCCUGAAACAUCUGGCCGAGACACUGCUAUUUCGUGGUGUUCGUGUAGGUUUUGCACUUCCAGAGAAUUGCAGGCAAUGGGUUCAUGACCUUGAAGGUCUUGAGUUUAUCUCUUUAGGAAGUAUCGAGGGUAAAAGCCGAGGAAUGGCACGGGACCCAAAGGAAUUAGACCAGCUUGGAGUUUAUACGAGUUAUGCCAAUACGUUGCAAUAUUAUGCAUCAUUUCAACGGCCAAUGUUUCAAGCAUUGCUCCAAGAAUUAACAGCUGACCGACCGGAUCUUGUGGUUGUUGAUCGAUAUACUUUUGCAGGCUUUGAUGUCUGCCAUCGACUGCAAUUACCCUAUGUAGUGAAUAACCCUCACUUGCUAGUUGACAUUGACUCGCCUCCUGUAUACAUCCCUGCACCUUUUUCUAACUUUACUAUGCACACUACGAGCGUGCUAGAACGGUGUUUAAAUAUCUACUAUCGACUACGCUUUCGACUGGGACUAGUACAUGUGUAUAAGGAGAUUAAUGCCGUGCGGCAAGAACACGGACUUGAAGCCAUUGAUAGUAAUUAUCAGAUGCACGGCCAUUCGCUUGUGUUAGUGAACUCGGUUUUCGGUUUGGAUGAAGCGCGUCCUAUGACGCCUCAGUUCCGAAUGGUAGGCCUCUUGCAGUCGCAAAAGCUGCAGCUUGAACGCAAAGAAGCUGAGAGUUGUUCUGCUGAACGUAGCAGAUUUCCAGCGGCGCUGACGACGUGGUUGAAGGCUCCUGAGCACCAGGAAAGACCGUUGGUCUUUAUCAGUUUUCAAACUGAUGUACCCAUGGCCCCAGACUUUAUCGUGACUAUCAUGAACGCACUUGAGACCGUGAAUCUCAGACUAUUGUGGAAGAUCACACUGAAAGAGCAAGCAGCGUUCGAUCUGCGCUCACGUCCUCGAGACUCGGUAUUUUUUCUUGGUGAAGCGUUGGACGAUGCAACAGUGCUCGCACUUGCACUUGAGAUAGAGUUGUUGAUCACUGCAGGAGAUUUUCAGAGCAUACAAGCGGCUCUCGUCGUUGGCGUACCCAUCUUGGGUCUCCCUCACUCAGCUGAGCAAACUGAAGGCGUGAACGCUGUUGUGCGAGCGGGUGCAGGUUGUCGUCUGGAUGGAAAAUCAUUCUCCAAAGAUCGCUUGCGUCUGGAAGUAGAUAAAAUGCUGUUUGACGAGCGAGAGCACUUUAAACGCAACGCCAAGUACCUUGGAGAGCUUGUGAAGACUGGCGGAGGGGUGGAACGCGCCGUGGACGAGCUGUUAACCGUUGCCGAGUUAGGAUCUCGUCACCUGCUUCCAAGGCGCAACUUGCAACCGCUAUACAAGACGUACCUCGUGGAUUUUCCAGCUCUGAUUGCAGCCAAGGACCAAAUGAGUCAAGUCGACGAAGUGGGCCAUAAGGCGGUGCAAUAA